CUCAUUUCUCAUGCCUGGAUUGAGGUAUUUUUUCUGAGCCAUAUCUCUCACCUGCUCCAAUGUGUCAAUCUACACAGGAAGCCUGUCCGACCCUAGUGUAGCUGUAAGUAAGCGGGUCGGAUCUGCUGGCUAAAUUGACAGCUGCUGCAGAAAGUUACAUUGUAGCGCAGAGCACAAUGACAGUCAUGAGGACAAUUCAAACACGAAGCAAAAACCGAGAGAUCAGAGCCAGUCAAGAAUUCAAGUCAACGCAGUUCUUCAUGGGCUACUGUAGUUGAUGCCAGAGAGGUAUAUAGAUGUCGUUUUUGUCCAGUAACAACGAGCAAGAGACUAGAUCAUUUCCGGGGUUGGUUCUAGGUCGAAAAUAUAUUAUAAUUACGAGCUCUACCCGGAAAGAAGCCACAGCGGUGUUCGGGUGCUGCACACAUACAUUUCAGAUGUCAGGCUAUGUCAUGUAAACUCAGAGUAACAGCGGAUAUAAACUUUCAUUUUACCCCGGUGAGACGCGUUUUACUCUUCCACUUCGGACGCACUGGCGCACACUGACCAGCUAAAACGGUUAUGUGGUAGCAGGCAGCAGUAUGCCGUACGUGGACAGACAGAACCGUGUGUGUGGCUUUCUAGACAUCGAGGAGAAAGAGGGCAGCAGCCGCUUCCAGAGACGCUAUUUUAUACUGGACACACAGGGCAACACACUGCUGUGGUACAUGGACAACCCCCAGAACCUGCCCAGUGGAGCGAACGCAGUCGGGAGUCUGCAGCUGACGUAUAUCUCCAAGGUGAGCGAGGCCACGGGGAAACAGAAGCCCAAGACUGAGUUCUGCUUUGUGAUCAAUGCAGUAUCUCGGCGGUAUUUCCUCCAAGCCAACGAUGCUGCUGACCUCAGAGACUGGGUCAUUGCUCUUAACAAAGCCACCAAGAUCACUGUUCCGAAAGCUGGACCUCUCCAGCCCAGGACAGAGGUUUCUAUGGUAACCGGUGAGGCGGGGGGUAAGAGGCAGGCCUAUAAGACUGAGAUCAUCGGGGGAGUGGUGGUGCACACCCCCAUGUACCAGAAUGAGGGGGAGGAGAUGGAGGUAGGGGACAGGAAGGUCAACGCUGUAGGCAGUAGACCAGGCGUCCUGAGGUGUGGCUACUGUGUCAAACAGGGUAACAUGAGGAAAAGCUGGAAAAGGCGUUUCUUCAUGCUGGACAACAAUUCUGUCAGUUACUACAAGUGUGAGACGCAUAAGGAGCCGCUAAGAGCGGUUCUUCUGAGAGACAUUCAGAAGGUCCAUGAAUGUCUGGUCAAAUCUGGGGACCUGCUGAUGAGGGAUAACCUGUUUGAGAUUAUCACCAGCUCUAGGGUUUUCUACGUCCAGACAGACACUCCAGAGGACAUGCAGGGCUGGAUCAGAGACAUUGAGGGGAAAAUACAGGACUUCAGAGGCCCGGGCAAGAGCUCUGCAUUCACACAUGCCUCCUCUCUGUAUUGCCAUGGUAACUCCUCCCACCAACCCUCUGUUCUCCGUGGUCGUCAGGGAGAUGACAAGAGACCCCCUUUAGUGAAGUCAUGUUCCGUGGCCCCGGGAUGGCAGCCCUGGACCCCCGUACCCCAAAGAGAGGCUCCCGCACUGGGCAUACAAGAUAAGGACGGUCCCUUUAGCUCUCUGCUGCCCAGCCUCUCCUCUCUCUCUCUUUCCACCUCCUCAUCUUUAUCCUCCCUCCCCACUCCCACCCCACAGGGGGUCUCAGCUCCAGCCAGUGGUGUGGGGGUCUCAGUCAGCCCAGGCCCCAUAGCCCCAGGCCCCUCCAGCAGCCGGAGGAGACACCGCUCUCAGCCUCAGCCCAUCACAGACCGCAGCUUCCCUUUCAGCCUGGACCAUGAUGGCAUCCGCACCACCGACGUCUAGAACUAACAGAACUCUGGAUCCAACAAUAUGUAGAACCACCAACAUAUAGAACCAAUAUCUAGAGCAACAAUGACACUUGAUUGAGUGCUUUUCCCUUUGAAAGACUAAACCUUCCCUCCCCCAGCCACUUUCCUCUGAGAGUUCCAUAGGCCUGCUGCUUUGGCUGCGACUGCUGUGGCUGCUGUGGGCUGUUUGCUGAAGUAUCCCUCCAUCCAUCUCUCUCUCUGGAGGCCUGUGGCCCCCUGUUGGUGGGGGAGGGUAGUGAUGCAAAUUGGGGUUCCUGGAUGUGUUUUCUCAGUGAGGGGUGUGUUAGUCGUGGCUGUGGGCUUCUGGUAUAAAGGGUUAUUCGGAGAGACUGAGAGGGAUUAUCAGUGUUGGAGUGUCUGGUAGACUGCGAAGGGUUAAGUUAUGUGUUGUACGAUUUCCUCUUAAAACCUGAAUGUAGUUCUCCCAUGUACUGAGAUGAAGGAAGGUUUGUAUUGUGUUGGAGCCUGUCUGUCUACCAAAUACCCUCUAAUAGUAUUAGUCAGCUGGUCUUUUACCUGUAUUAACCAAAUCUACAGUAUGUCCCAAUUGGCACCCUAAUGCACUAUAUCAAUGCAUUACUUUUGACCAGAGCCUUAUGGGCUCUAGUCAAAGGUAGUACACUAUAUAAUGAAUAUGGUACCACUGCCAAUUGGGACUCAACCCAAGAGUCCCAUUCAAUCCAUAACCUGGUCAUAGAAUAGUGACGAUGUUCGUGUCUGUGGCUCUGCUUGUCUCUGUAGACAAUGUUGUUCCCUUGUUAGACUAAAUCCAAUUGCAUUAAAUCGCUUCAUCAGCAGCACAUUUUAUGGUAUUUCUGCACACUUUUCCAUUAGCCUCGUUCUCUUGCUCGACUGCAAAGAAUUUACUACUCCAGAGGGACUGGAAAUAUUUUGGGUGUCUCAGAUUGUUCUAGCAAUUCUCACAUUGUAACUUCAUUAGGAGGAACGAUGUUUGACAUGCUUUUUACAUUUGUAUCACAAACAAUUAUUUUGAUAAAAGUGGCCAUUUCUAGACCUAUACAUUAUGGCUGGGAUGAUACCAGUAUCAUUAUGGCUGGGAUGAUACCAGCCUGCUGGAGGUCAUUUUGCAGGGCUCUGGCAGUGCACCUCCUUGCACUAAGGCGGAGGUACCGGUCCUGCUGCUGGGUUGUUGCCCUCCUACGGCCUCCUCCACGUCUCCUAAUGUACUGGCCUGUCUCCUGGUAGCGCCUGCAUGCUCUGGACACUACGCUGACAGACACAGCAAAACCUUUUUGCCACAGUUCUCAUUGAUGUGCCAUCCUGGAUGAACUGCACUACCUGGGCCACUUGUGUGGGUUGUAGACUCCGUCUCAUGCUACCAUUAGAGUGAGAGCACCGCCAGCAUUCAAAAGUGACCAAAACAUCAGCCAGGAAGCAUAGGAACUGAGAAGUGGUCUGUGGUCACCACCUGCAGAAUCACUCCUGUUUUGGGGGGUGUCUUGCUAAUUGCCUAUAAUUUCCACCUUCUGUCUAUUCCAUUUGCACAACAACAUGUGAAAUUUAUUGUCAAUCAGUGUUGCUUCCUAAGUGGACAGUUUGAUUUCACAGAAGUGUGAUUGACUUGGAGUUACAUUGUGUUGUUUAAGAGUUCCCUUUACUUUUUUGAGCAGUGUAUAUUAUCCAAACAAUGUGUUUAAAAUGAACUAAAUCUAAGAGUCGUUAUGGGGUAUUCAUAUUUGAAUGAAUGUGAACAUUUUAUUUCAGAAUCUAGACAUAGUCCGUAUUUUAGAGAACACUAUACGGAGUGUAAUGACACCCAGAUGUUUUCUGAAUCAUGAACGGUUCACAGAUCAUAUGGUCUUACAGGAGGCAUGUACAGUGACUUGUGAAAGUAUUCACCCCCCUUCACAUUUUUCCUAUUUUGUUGCCUUACAACCUGGAAUUAAAAUUGAUUUGGGGGGGGGGUUGUAUCAUUUGAUUUACACAACAUGCCUACCACUUUGAAGAUGUAAAAUAUUUUGGGGAAAACAAACAAGAAAUAAGACAAAAAAAACUGAACUUGAGCGUGUAACUAUUCACUUGAGCGUGUAACUAUUCACCCCCUGCAAGUCUCUUGGGGUAUGUCGCUAUAAGCUUGGCACAUCUAGCUACUGGGAUUUUUGCCCAUUCUUCAAGGCAAAACUGCUCCAGCUACUUCAAGUUGGAUGGGUUCCGCUGGUGUACAGCAAUCUUUAAGUCAUACCACAGAUUCUCAAUUGGAUUGAGGUCUGGGCUUUGACUAGGCCAUUCCAAGACAUGUAAAUGGUUCCUCUUAAACCACUCGAGUGUUGCUUUAGCAGUAUGCUUAGGGUCAUUGUCCUGCUGGAAGGUUAACCUCCGUCCCAGUCUCAAAUCUCUGGAAGACUGAAACAGGUUUCCCUCAAGAAUUUCCCUGUAUUUAGCGCCAUCCAUCAUUCCUUCAAUUCUGACCAGUUUCCCAGUCCCUGUCGAUAAAAAAACAUCCCCACAGCAUGAUGCUGCCACCACCAUGCUUCACUGUGGGGAUGGUGUUCUCGGGGUGAUGAGAGGUGUUGGGUUUGCGCCAGACAUAGCGUUUUCCUUGAUGGCCAAAAUGCUCAAUUUUAGUCUCAUCUGACCAGAGUACCUUCUUCCAUAUGUUUGGGGAGUCUCCCACAUGCCUUUUGGCAAACACCAAACAUGUUUGCUUAUUUUUUUUCUUUAAGCAAUGGCUUUUGUCUGGCCACUCUUCCGUAAAGCCCGGCUCUGUGGAGUGUACAGCUUGAAGUGGUCCUAUGGACAGAUACUCCAAUCUCCGCUGUGGCGCUUUACAGCUCGUUCAGGGUUAUUAUUAGUCUCUUUGUUGCCUCUCUGAUUAAUGCCCUCCUUGCCUGGUCCGUGAGUUUUGGUGGGCGGCCCUCUCUUGGCAGGUUUAUUUUGGUGCCAUAUUGUAUUGGUGCCAAAAAUGUAUAAUGGGUUUAAUGGUGCUCUGUGGGAUGUUAAAAUGUUCAGAUAUUUUUUCAUAACCCAACCCUGAUCUGUACUCCUCCACAACUUUGUCCCUGACCUGUUUGGAGAGCUCCUUGGUCUUGGUGUUGCUUGCUUAGAGGUGUUGCAGACUCUGGGGCCUUUCAGAACAGCUCUAUAUAUACUGAGAUCAUGUGACACUUAGAUUACACACAGGUGGACUUUAUUUAACUAAUUAUGUGACUGACUUCUGAAGGUAAUUGGAUGCACCAGAUCUUAUUUAGGGGCUUCAUAGCAAAGGGGGUGAAUAGAUACGCACGCACCACUUUUCCGUUUUGAAAUUAUAAUUUUAUUUUGAAACAAGUUAUUUUUUUCAUUUCACUUCACCAAUUUGGACAAUUUUGUGUAUGUCCAUUAAAUGAAAUCCAAGUAAAAAUAUAUUUAAAUGACAGGUUGUAAUGCAACACAAUAGGAAAAACACCAAGGGGGAUGAAUAAUUUUGCAAGGCACUGUAUAAGUCUUAAAAGGGCCAAAAAUGCCCACUUUCAUCAUGAUUUUCUCAAAAAUAGUUUGUGAUACAAAUGUAAAAACCAUUUCAAACAUCCUUCCUUCCAAUGAAAUUACUAUGUGAGAAAUGCCAGAACAAUCUGAGAUGUCAAAAAUAUUUUCAGCUGGUGUGGAAUCGCCCAUGGUAUUGUGUUAUGUCACGUCUUAUGUUUUGCCUGCACCUCACCAACCUGGUCCAGGUGUGCUUUUCUCCUCUUCAAAACCAAAAAUGUCAUGUUUAUGAUUCUAUGUAUAGACUCGUGUUAUUAAUCACAAACGUGUGUGUGUAUUCUUGUCAUGGUUGACUGGCUGGCCAAACAUUUUAGAAACAAGAUGUAUUUGUCUAUUUUUUACUUUACACCAAGUACAAACAUACACCUAAUGUUUGUUUUUAAAGGGAAGAAUAUUUUCAACAUGAAGUACUGUCAUUCCAGAAAAGAGAAUGGUUAAAUGCUAAUGUGCGAUUAAUGUAUUUUUCUCUUCUGGAUAGUGUUUUCUGAUUCAUUCCUGUUGUUUUGCAUAGGUAUUUUACCUGGUUACCUGGUGUCCACUCACCUUCCUGAUGUAAUGGUGUUGUUUUUUGACUUGUAAGCAAGCACAUUAAAUAAUAAGGGUAGCUUUUUA